CCUUUCCGUGGCCCCAUUUGCGCGGCAGCAGCGUGUAUAUUUAUCAAAUAAAGGGGUUAACUAGGAAAGUCGGCCGGCGAGACUUCAUCCGGAGCCGGCCUCACAGGGGAGGAAGAAGGAGGCGGUUGGGUGUUUAAUAUUGUAACUCUCUGAAGCGAAGCCGCGCCAGCCCAGCUCGGGUGGGGGGUUUCUGGUCCUCGUUGGUGGUGGCUCUGGUGGAUCGGAUUUCUCCAUCGUUGGGCUCGAGAUGGGCGCGCGGAGGAGAACCCUCCUCCUCGGGUUUGUCGUGGCUCUCUUCCUUGGAGUCGCCAUCUAUUUCCGCCUCUGGGCCAUCGACAACGAGUCCUUCUCCACCGAUGACCGGGAAGUCCUGAGGAAACAAUUUGAACGUGCCAAUCUGGAAGCUAUGGAUGAAUCUGCUGAAUGGAGAAUGAAAUAUGACAGGGAGGUUGAGAAGAGUAGGCUGGUUCAGGAUGAACUCUUGAAGAACGAGAUGAGAGGAAGGGUGCAAGCAUCUCUAGCUGGGUCAUGCAACCGCAUGAGUGUGCCACCACUAUCUGAAACCAGAAAGAGAUAAGGAUGUUGUGGGUCCUAUCUCCUUGAGCUUCAAGGACUUCCACUAUCAACAUGCUGCCUUCUCAAAAAAAAAGGUAGCCGCUGCUAGGAAUCUAAACUGUCAGCUACAAACUAGGGAUAAACUAAGAUAAAGUAAAAUAAAUAA